AUGGGCUGGAUGCGACGUGGAGUAUACGCUGCAGGGCUGCCGGCCGAACCACUGGACGUCAAGGACGCUGCGAAGCCGUCAGUCGAGCACAUCGAGCGCGUCGACAUCCCCGCUCCUCCUUCUGCUCCUCCCUCGAAGCGCAAGGGCGCUCGACGACGCACGCCUGUCACAGAAGAAGAACUAGCUAUUUCAGCUGGCGGACGAGAACCAGUCGACCCGGACGACUUGCCGUUCAUCCCGCCCGAAUCCAUCUCGAAGCACAACAACCUCGAGGACGGUCUCUGGAUCAUCGUCGAAGACCGCGUCUACGACUGUACGAACUUCCUCGACCUGCACCCCGGCGGACCCGAAGUCUUCCACCAAUUCGCCGGCAAGCAAUGCACGUGGCAGUUCUGGAAGUGGCACUCGCGGAAACACCUCGAACCGUGGGAGGAGUCGCUUCUUAUCGGCUACACCUACCCUGUCCCGCCCAAUCCUUACCCUGAACCGAAGCGGUGGAUCAGGACUGGUAGUCUAUAG